AUGGGCCAAGCAUUCAGUUACAUCAACAUCUUCUCGAAGCUCUGGCUGUCUCAAAAGGAAAUCCGUAUCCUCAUUUUGGGUUUGGACGGUGCCGGAAAAACCACCAUUCUUUACAGAUUGCAGAUGGGAGAGGUGGUCACCACUAAGCCUACCAUUGGCUUCAAUGUCGAGACGUUGAAGUACAAAAACUUGACUUUGAACAUCUGGGACUUGGGCGGACAGACGUCCAUUCGUCCGUACUGGAGAUGUUACUACACAAACACUGCUGCUGUCAUAUUUGUCGUUGAUUCGACAGAUAAAGAUCGUAUUGAUAUUGCAUGCAACGAACUUCACACCAUGUUGAAGGAGGAAGAAUUGCUAGAUAGCGCGCUUCUAGUGUUUGCAAACAAACAGGAUCAACCGGGCGCCAUGACUGCUGCUGAGGUGUCGCAGGCACUUGCUCUCACUGACUUGAAGGAAAGAAGUUGGAGUAUUGUGGCAGCCUCCGCCAUUAAGGGCGAGGGUUUGACUGAAGGUUUGGACUGGUUGAUGGAUGUUAUCAAGGAUGAGCAGUUGUAA